AAAUCAUAAGACCGGAUGUCGGAGUUGCCAGAGCAAAACUUCCGUAAAUGCGUAGAGAACUUGCGCACUAGAAAAGAAAUUCCUUCAGCUGAGAAAAACUGAUGACGCAGAAUAUUCUGGUAUGAAUCGUAUGAACAUGAUGGAGCAAGUCCAUUUAGCCGGUGAGGAUGAAGAGGACAUUUAUGGAGGCUUCAAUGAUUACAACGCCACCUUGGACGUUGAUGAUUUACAACAUGACUCAUCCUUUCAAAAAGCAGUGAUGAGAACCAGCCAUGGCAGAAGACCUCCCCCUACUGCAGCUAGAGGACUAGGGGGUAUUCCAGGAACAGCAGCUAGAGGGGGCAGAAUGGGCAUGCCCUCAUCCAUGGGUCGCUUAGGAACUGGGGCAGUAGGAGGCGGUCAAGAUAUGGCAAGGCCAAUGACAGCCGUCAGAGGGGCAGGUUACACGUCAGCCGGCAACAGAGCUGCAGGUUUUGAUCCCAUGAACCAGGCUGGACCAGCUCCCCCUCUGGAGCCGAAACCAGAGGAAAGCCCAGAAGAAAAGAUUCGACAGUUGGAGAAAAAAGUGAACGAACUAAUUGAGGAGAGUUGUUUUGCCAACAGUACAGGGGAUCUUAGUCUGGCUCUUGAAAAGGCUAAAGAGGCUGGAAGGAAGGAGAGGGUGUUAGUCCGACAACGGGAACAGCAGUCUAUGGGGGACCAGAUUAACCUGGACCUCACCUACUCUGUGUUGUUUAAUCUGGCCAAUCAAUAUGCUGCUAAUGAGAUGUUUAAUGAGGCCUUGAACACGUACCAAGUGAUUGUCAAAAACAAAAUGUUCACAAAUGCAGGUCGAUUGAAGGUGAAUAUGGGCAACAUCUAUUUCAGACAAAGGAACUACCCUAAAGCCAUCAAAUUCUACAGAAUGGCUCUUGAUCAGGUCCCCAACUCCCACAAAGAAAUGAGAACGAAGAUUAUGCAGAACAUUGGGAUCGUGUUCGUAAAGAUGGGGCAGUACAAUGACGCUAUCACGUCAUUCGAACACAUCAUGCAGGAAGCACCGACCUUUAAAACGGGCUUUAAUCUCAUGCUCUGUUACUUUGCCCUCGGAGACCGAGAAAAAAUGAAGCGGGGUUUUCAGAAACUGCUGACUGUUGACCUAAAAAUCGACGAUGAGGACAAGUAUCUCCCACAUGGGGAGGAUAAAAAUUACAACUUGAUUCUAGAGGUGAUUAAGAAUGAUUCCCUGCGGCAGAUAGAGAGAAAAAGGAAAUAUGAUGCGGAGAAUUGUAUAAAGACAGCAGCCAAGAUUAUCUCGCCUGCCAUUGAGGCCCAGUUCUCUGUAGGAUAUGACUGGUGUACAGAACAGGUGAAGUCCUCACAAUACCUCGACCUUGCACAUGACCUUGAAAUCGACAAGGCCAUCAUGUUCCUGAAACAGAAAGAUUUCAAUCAAGCCAUUGAAACUCUGAAGUCUUUUGAGAAGAAGGACACAAAAGUAGCUAGCACGGCUGCCACCAAUCUCUCCUUCUUAUACUUCCUGGAGGAUGACUUGGAACAAGCAGACAAAUACGCAGAGCUGGCCAUGAGUGCUGACCGCUACAACCCGGCAGCUCUCGUAAACAAAGGCAAUGUACUUUAUGCCCGAUCUGACUACGAGAAGGCGAGAGAAUUUUACAAAGAAGCUCUGCAGAAUGAUUCAUCAUGUGUUGAAGGCUUGUACAAUUUAGGUUUAACAAAUAAAAAGAUCAGUCGAUUAGAGGACGCGUUAGACUGUUUCUACAAACUCCACGCCAUUCUACGGAACAGUCCACAAGUCAUGUAUCAGAUAGCUGACCUACAUGACCAGCUGGAGGACACAGCCCAGGCCACGGAGUGGUUCAUGCAGUUAAUAGGCGUGGCCCCUACAGACACCUCAGUCCUCGCCAGAACGGGAGAAAUCUACGAUAACGAGGGGGAUAAAUCUCAAGCAUUCCAGUAUUACUAUGAUUCGUACCGGUACUUCCCCUCAAACAUUCCCGUCAUUGAGUGGUUAGGUGCCUACUACAUCGACUCGCAGUUCUGUGAGAAAGCCAUACAUUACUUCGAGAGAGCUGCCAUCGUACAGCCGGCCCAGGUGAAAUGGCAGCUGAUGAUUGCUAGUUGUUACCGCAGAAGUGGAAACUAUCAACAGGCUCUAGAAACCUACAAGAAGAUACACAAGAGAUUCCCAGAUAAUAUAGAAUGUCUGCGGUAUCUAAUGAGAAUCUGCACAGAUCUCGGGUUACCUGAAGCUCAGGAGUAUGCGACAAAAUUAAAAAAGGCAGAAAAAACAAAGGAACUCAGAGAACAGAGGGCAACCAGUGGGACAAGGAGAGGAAGUGGGCGUGGCCGUAGGGGAGAUGAUGAUCGAGAAGGAAGUGGUGGUGGCAAGAGAGGGAAGUCUAAAGGGCGACGCCCACAUCUUGACGACAUCGGGGAUGAACCGUACCAGGUCCGACACCAAGAUAUCGUGGAAGAUCAAGAUGCCACAUAUUCUGAUCCUCUGGGUCCGCAGAUGGAGCGCCCCAAGACUGCAGCCGCCCGAAAGCAGGACACAGACGACUUGUUUGACGAAGAUGUCGGCGAUGAUCUGUUACCGGAAUAAACCUAGCAUUACAGAAAAAAACACAGUUAACUUAUCCAGUGUUGUUAGAAGUGUUCAAAUUUAAGAGCUGACAGUCCGUCCCUUUUGAAAUUUAUUGUACAAUGUGUAAAUAUAAUUUAUGUACAAUAAAAGAAGUCUGUGAUACAGAAAA